AUGUUUGAUUGUGGCACAAAUGGAGUCAAAUCUCAAGUAAUCAGUGGUCAACGCGAGAAGUUUGUGAGGUUAGAUAGUAUGGACUCAAGAUACUCGCAAACUUCUGAUACGGGUUUAAACAAAUGCACAUUAAACCUACAAGGACCAAAACGUUUUGCUCAAGGAAACAAAACAUCAUCCGGAUCAUUCAAGAAAGGUUUCAGAAAAGGAUCAGAGGGACUUUGGUCUAUAGGAAGAUCCAUAGGACUCGGUGUCUCUCGCGCUGUCUUCCCCGAAGAUCUCAAAGUAUCAGAGAAGAAGAUAUUCGAUCCACAGGACAAGUUUCUCUUGCUCUGCAACAAGCUCUUUGUAGCUUCUUGCAUCCUCGCUGUCUCCGUGGACCCGCUCUUCUUGUACCUUCCUUUCAUCAACGACAAAGCCAAAUGCGUCGGCAUAGACCGGAAACUGGCCAUCGUGGCCACAACGUUGAGGACAGUCAUAGAUUCCUUUUACCUCUUCCACAUGGCUCUCAGGUUUAGAACAGCUUACGUUGCUCCUUCCUCACGUGUUUUCGGUCGAGGAGAGCUCGUCAUCGACCCUAAGCAGAUCGCUAAACGGUAUCUUCAACAGUACUUCAUCAUCGAUUUGCUCUCCGUUCUUCCCAUUCCACAGAUUAUAGUUUGGAGAUUUCUCUACACGUCAAGUGGUUUGAAUGUUCUUGCAACGAAACAAGCGCUUAGAUAUAUAGUGUUAGUCCAAUACAUUCCGAGGUUUCUUCGUAUGUAUCCUCUAAGCUCAGAGCUGAAGAGAACAGCCGGAGUAUUCGCUGAAACCGCUUGGGCUGGUGCAGCUUACUACUUGCUUCUCUACAUGCUCGCUAGUCAUAUUGUUGGAGCUUUGUGGUACUUGCUUGCCUUGGAACGUAACAACGAUUGCUGGGUUAAGGCGUGUAACGAACACCGCGACAACUGUACACGAGACUUCUUGUUUUGUGGUAACCAAAACAUGAAAGGUUAUGAUGUUUGGGACACUAUGAAAGGAUCGUUUCUUCAGGAUCAUUGUGCUGUCAAUGUCACUGAAGGUGAAGAGCCUCCUUUUGAUUUCGGAAUCUACUUGAGAGCUCUCUCCUCUGGCAUUGUCUCGUCUAAGAACUUUGUCUCUAAGUACUUCUUCUGCUUGUGGUGGGGGUUACAGAAUCUUAGUACACUAGGUCAAGGUCUUGAAACUAGCACAUACCCUGGAGAGGUUAUAUUCUCAAUAACACUUGCUAUUGCUGGACUUCUUCUCUUUGCUCUUCUCAUUGGAAACAUGCAGACGUAUCUUCAAUCGCUUACUAUCCGGUUAGAGGAAAUGCGAGUGAAAAGACGUGACUCAGAACAGUGGAUGCAUCACCGGAUGCUUCCACCGGAGCUACGAGAACGGGUGAGGCGAUAUGAUCAGUACAAGUGGUUGGAGACUCGUGGAGUCGAUGAAGAGAAUCUUGUUUCGAACCUCCCAAAGGACCUUAGAAGAGACAUCAAACGUCAUCUCUGUCUCGCCUUAGUCAGAAGAGUUCCUCUGUUUGAGAAUAUGGAUGAGAGGCUGUUAGAUGCAAUCUGCGAGAGGCUCAAGCCAUGUUUAUUCACUGAGAAGUCUUACUUGGUCCGGGAAGGAGAUCCGGUGAACGAGAUGCUCUUCAUAAUCCGCGGUAGGCUCGAGAGUGUAACCACCGAUGGCGGGAGAAGUGGUUUCUUUAACCGGAGUUUGCUUAAAGAAGGAGACUUCUGCGGUGACGAGCUUCUGACGUGGGCGCUGGAUCCUAAGUCCGGUGCUAACCUACCGUCCUCGACAAGAACCGUCAAGGCCUUAACCGAAGUGGAAGCAUUCGCUUUGAUAGCUGAUGAGCUGAAGUUUGUGGCGAGUCAGUUUAGGAGAUUGCAUAGCAGACAAGUGCAGCACACUUUCAGAUUCUACUCACAGCAGUGGAAGACUUGGGCUGCUUGCUUCAUACAAGCCGCGUGGAGACGGUACACGAAGAGGAAGAAGAUGGAGCAGCUGAGGAAAGAAGAGGAAGAGGAGGAGGAAGAAGAAGAGACGGCUUCGGUUAUCGCUGGAGGAAGUCCGUAUAGCAUCAGAGCUACUUUCUUGGCUUCCAAGUUUGCUGCGAAUGCGCUUCGUAGCGUUCACAAGAACCGGUCUGCGAAGAAGAAGUCGAGUUUGCCACCUCCGACUAUAGAGCUGGUCAAGUUUCAGAAACCUCCUGAGCCAGAUUUCUCUGCUGAUUGCUGA